AUGUCUACAAAGCCUCUUGUCUUGGUCACCGGUGCUUCAGGAUUUCUCGGAUCCGUUGUCGUCCACCAGCUGCUUGAAGCCGGCUUUCCGGUUAGAGGCGCAGCUCGUGGCCGAAAAGUUGCGGCUCUCCAAGAAUCCUUCGCCAAAUACCCUCAGUUUAAAGUGGUCGAGAUAGCAGAUGUUGCCACAUCGGACUAUAGAGAAGCGCUUGACGGAGUCGGCGCUAUUAUUCAUACUGCGGCACCCCUUCCAGGGCGUGUGGACAACGCGACAGCUCUAAAAAUCGCAAUUGACGGCUCUUUGCAUAUCCUUCGUGAGGCAACCAAAGCUGGAGUUGGCAAAGUUGUCGUCACCGGCUCGCUCAUCACUUUUCCUGAUGGGAAAUAUGGCCCGGAUGAUUGGGUUUCUGUUACAAAGGAGGAAGCACUUGUCGGCAACUCUUUCGUGCUAUAUAUGGCGGAGAAAAAGUUUGGUGAGCUAGCUGUGCUCGAAUACGCUGAAGAGCAUCCCGAAAUGGACAUCACAAUCUUUUGUCCUGCUUGGAUCUUUGGGCCACUGUCACCGGGUUUUGAAUCUAUUGUUCCUACCCCCGAAGGCGCCUUUGCGGCAUUUUCCACCGACGGUUUCAUCUACCAACUCCUCCGGCCAGACAACACCAACUACCACUACACUCCCGGCACAAUUGACGUGCGCGAUGUUGCUCGGAUCCACAUUGCUGCCUUGUCUGCCCCGACCCCCAAUGGAACUCGACCUCGCCGCGUUCCACUAGUUUAUCCCCAGCAAACCGACUUUCGGGAUGCUAUCAAAUUCAUUUACGACGAGCGUCCAGAGCUGCGAGCAAGGCUUGCUAACCCCGACUCUGUACCUCGCUGGCCCACAUAUACCCGCGAGGUCGACGCAGCUUCACUGGAGGAGUUCUUUGGAUUUCCCAUUUCUAGAUUCAAGACAUGGCGCGAGACGAUUAUAGAUGGAGUCGACCGGUUUAUUGAGAUUGAGGAGUAUUGGAAGAGCAAAGGAUUUGCUGUCGAGGUUCCCAAAGAGCCGCCGAUAUUGUGCGCUUCUGCUUCUUCCCACUGCCAUGGUGUGCAUCGCAUCUGUUUCUCCUCCGAUGAGCCAAGUUUCGACAUUCAGCCACAGGUUCCCUUUCUUGAGCUACCUGAAGAGCUCAUCCUCUCUGUGUUAGACAAUCUCUCUGAACUUGACUUGCUGGAGUUGCGUCAAGUUAGUUCGGUACUGCAACACCUUUCAUUGUCUGUCAUCCUCGCCCGUCAUGGCAUCCGCAAUCCUCAAGCUCAGUUGAAUGGGCCCGUGAAUAUUUCUUAUACUGCCCUCCGUGCAAUCGACGCAUCAUACCCGACAAUUCUGACACAGUUGCGCCAACUCGAACUACGCCAGAAACCCCCCGCAAGCCUAAAGAAAUUCAUCCCAGACACAUUGGUUGCUCUGUUGAAUAAUCCGAAGCGCCCAGUGGUCAUCAUUCAGCACUUAUACGCGACGAUCGUGAGGCCCAAGCGCGUUAGCGUAUUAGAGCGGGCAUGGCAUUCAGUCCAUUCCCGCCCAUCAGGCGAUCCAGGUCAGCGCAUCGACAACCACCAAUUAGCGCAGAAAUUGCAAUUUUCGCUCGCGGCAUCAACAAGCCUAUUACAUCUCCAACUCUCCAGCAUUCGUCUGCAGUCCUUUCCGCAAACAUCUGCCGCACUCGGAGCCUUCGUUCUCUUCAACCCAUCGAAGGUCGUAUACUUAAAACUCGCCGAUGACGGGGAGAUUUCUCCAGCCGAAUGGGCCUACAUGUUGCCUCAUCCGAGCCUCCACUUUCCCGUCUUGAAAACACUUUCUAUUCAUGUCGACAUUGAUCAUGCCGCUUUAAACCCAUUUCUCGAGAGGCAUGAUCGUCUCGAGCGCGUGGACCUGUUCAAGGAUUGGACAGGCAGCACCGUGAAAGCAUUCACCGCCCCCACUUUGCCGAAACUGUCCCACUUUUCAGCAAGUUGUCGUGUUGCUGCUAGUUUCCUGAGAACCAAUCACAGUUUUCCCAACCUGCACACAUUCAACGUUGGCGUAGGCGGGGACGACGAAGCGAAUGCUCCACGUUAUUUUGAUGCUGUGAUGGACAUGCUAGCAGACCCAAUUCGUUCGUCAGUCAUUGAACUGACAAUCCGUUUCGAGCAAGUGAUCGCCCCUUCCAGGAGCGAGGGCAUAUACCAUAAGCCAAUUGCACACGUAAAACAGCUGCGUAUCACGGGCUGGCAGACAGACGACCUUGGGAGCGUUGCUAACUUUGCACGUUGGUUGGCUAUUGUCUUUCCAGCGCUGAGCAAACUGAUAAUCGAGAGGAAACUGGGGUAUCGAAUCAAGGGACCGAUGGUGUCAAAUGAAUUGAUCUCCGCAAUUACUUUAGCUUGCCCAAAUGUCCUUUUGAAACAAGAAUCGUAUUUAUGA